UUCUAUGCUGUCCCAGUCAUAGUCUCAGAGUGGCUCACUAUAAAAAUAGAGAAACACAUAAAGCAGCAUUUCAGCAUAAAAUCCAAUAAAGUUAAAAUCACAGCAACUGCAGUUGUAGCCAUUGUAUCUAACAACCUACGCUUUGUAAAUCUGGCAGAAUAGGAUGGUUUUAACCCCAUUCCUCAAAAAAAAUGGGCAAUUAUCCUGCUCUUCCAUAGGGCCAGAGCAACUACUGAAAAGGUGUGCUUCUAAACCUUCAUCUCCUCACAAUCUCAGGGAAGGGGAUCAGAACUAUCCCUUCCCCGAUCCAUCACACAGUAUGGGCAGAAUCAAAGUACAUUGUCAUGAAGGUAAUAAGGAUGCAAACCAUGAAAGGUGUUAGAGGUCAUCACCAGCAUUUCAAAUUGUACUCAGAAAGCUUUUGGUAACCAGCAUCAUACCACAGCAUAGAUGUUGCUUUGCUAAAAUAAUUUUCGCCCAUCACCAAGUAGACAGCUACAUUUUUAAACAAUUGCAGUUUCCAUAUGUUUUAAAAGACAGCCCCAAGUAGAACACAGUACAGUACAGUAAUCUAUAUGUGAGAUGAUAAGGCUAUGAAUGACUGUUGUGAAAGCCUAUUCCAAAAGCAGAUGUGGUUGGUGUACUAGAUGAAAUUCAGUGAAGGUCCUGCUGGCAUGCUUCUACCCGCUUUCAAGCAGGAACCAUGAAUCCAGGAGAAACCCAGUGCUCCAUCUGAGGAAGUGUGACCCAAUCCAGAGUCAGUGCUGGAACUGACAUGGAGCCAGAUGAUUUCUGGACCAACAGCUACUCUUGUCUUGCUGGGAUUUAAAUUGGAUUUGUUUCAUCCGAUUGAAUCCCUCCUAGCUUCCAUACACCAGGUUAGGAUUUCCUCUGGGUCUCCUGCUCAGCCAAGGGUGGAGAAGUAGAGCUGGGUAUUAUCUGCAGUUCAGUGAUACUUCACCCCAAACCAACAGAUGGCUUUUCACUAUAGCUUCAUAUAAAAGUUAAAUGGGAGAGAAAUAAGCCCUGCAGUACCUUAGACAGAAGUCAUGUGCUUAACCUCUCAUUACCCCAGCGUUACUGAGAGGAUUCACCUGUUAGGAAGAAAUAGCACCAUUGUAACAGUGCCUUGGUCCCUUAACUCUCAAAGGUAGUCCAGAAUCAUACUGUAAUCAUGAGUACAAUAUUGAACAACAGUGAGAGACAUAGCAGAACUGAAAGGCUGCACUCCCUCCUCCCUGAAUUCUGCUGCAGAUCAUCCACAAGAGUGACCAAUGCAGUUUUAGGCCCAUCUUCAGAAAGGAUUCUACUUCAUCCAGGAUCUUCUGUAGUGUAAUUCCCACCCACCCCCAAUAUCUUCUCAACAGCUGUCCCAAGAAAUAGAAGGUUGGAAGCAAAGUGGAAGUUAUCCAACAUUGCUGACUCAAGGGAUGACUACUUCAGGAAGAGGUGCACCAAAGCUUCCUUCCAGGUGGUUGGUAUGACUCCCUCUUUAUAAUCAUUUACUACCCCUAAAAUGCAGUUGCCUGUUCCCUCUCUGGCAGCUCCAAUAAACCAGGAGAGCAAGGAUCCAGCUCACAGGGUGCUGAGCUCAUACAAUGGAAGAAUGUCCAUUUCCUCAGCUUCCACAGGCUCAAAAAUCCCAGGUGACUUGACAAGAGAUUGCCUCAGUCUCCUCAUUGGAUUCUGCCCAUGAUGUGUCCAGCUCUGAUGCAUAUCAGCAAUUUUAUCCAGAAAAUAACUUGCAAUGAAUCACAGCAGCUUGUAAAUCUGCUGGUAGAUUCAAAAAUGCUGCAAGAAUAUUAUUAGUUGCUUUCAUCCAAAUCUCUUCUAUUCCGCAUGUUGAUGCUUGUCAUAGCUCCCUUUCUUUCAUUUCUGCUUAGCUCCUUUUUUUCUUUUUUUUCCCUCAUUUUCUUCUUUUAUGCUUCCUUGUUUCAUAUAUUCCUAUGUUAAUCUCUUCAAAUUCUGUUCCCCAAGGUAAACGGAAGUAGCAAUGAAGUGUCCAUAAAGUGUCUAUAGCUAGCUUCUCAUGGCCGCCUGCAUUCUGAAGUAAAUGUCCCUUGGGCCCAUAGCACCAUUUUCAGAAAAAGCUGGCUGCAGUUCAGCCAUUAGAAUGAAUGCUGUCUUACAAAAAUGGCAUACUUUUCUUUCUCUCACAUUAUAGAGUAAGAUACACCAUGCUAAGGUGGGGCUUUAGGAUGAGAACUGGCAGGUGACUUGGCACAGUGAGAAGAACAGCAGAAAUACCUUAAGCUGGAAUAAUGGAAAUUGAGAAGCAGCAGUUCAUCAGCUGUUCCUCUUUCUUCCCCCAAUCCUUGGUUGCCAAGAAACAGCCUACUUUCUUCUCUCUCCUUUCUCAGCCCAUUCUUUAUUUAUCUCUGUCACAGUCUCCCAAAAGUAGAUUCUUAACUAAAAAUCUCCCGGUGCUUUCAACUGUCCUUGUAAGGUAGAUAGAACAAUUUCCCGAUUGUUUUGAUUGCUUCUUUUUACAUCUUUAUCAGUCACGCAGCAUCUUUUUUGAAAUGGGAUUGUCAAAACUGAAACAAAAUAUAUCAAAUGUUAGUUUCUACCCUUUUCUAGUAACUGUCCUGCAUGCUGCUUUUUCCACUAAUUGGUUCAAGAAAAGAUGUUUCCUUUUCAGGCUAUAAAAGUUCAGAUCCAGCGUCCUUCGUGUUUGCAAAGCUGCCUUUGCCGCCGUACAAGAGCUGGCUGGAUAAGCUCUUGGAAGAAAGGCUCCAUUUGCCUUCUCGGAUAUAUUUAUAAAGGCAGCGCAGAGGGAAGGAGAUUGGCUGCUCUGGCUUGCUUUCUGACCUUGGGGGUUACCAAGUCUGACAUUCCUGUGAGAUCACAUGACCCAGAUUGGCGGGCACAGCUGUCCCCAGUAGAAGGGAGGGGCCUGGGAGGGGCCAUUCCGAUUGAAUUUCACUCCAGCCACUUAGGCUCUUUCCUUCUUUCCUUGCUGUGCUUUUCUUGUCUUCCACUUUGUUUGUGGGUUGGGUUGUAGAAAGCUCUGAUAAGACAGCAGCAGCAAGGAUGCUAUUCUAGAAGAUCAGGGUGGCUGCUUUAACAUUUGGGUGGGCCCUCCUUCCCAUCUCCAAUUGACAUUCCUUCAGUCUGAACCAUCCGAGACUCCGGUGGCCCUGAGCUUUGGCACCAUGCAAUCCAUCCUCCUGUUUUAGCGCUAACUUCACUGAAAUUGUUUCUUUUGGCUCACCUAGACAGGCCUGCUCUCCUGACAGGUUGGUAUAUGCAGCUCUGGAGCACAAAGGAGAUGGGACAGGACCAGACCAAGCAGCAGAUAGAAAAAGGACUCCAGCUGUAUCAGUCCAGUCAGACAGAAAAGGCCCUUCAAGUCUGGUUGCGGGUUUUGGAAAAGAGCACAGAUGCAGCUGGCAGGUUUCGCGUUCUGGGAUGCCUCAUCACUGCUCACUCGGAGAUGGGCAGGUACAAAGAUAUGUUAAAGUUUGCAAUCAUGCAGAUUGACACUGCCCGAGAGCUGGAGGAUCCUGAUUACCUUACUGAGAGCUACCUGAAUUUGGCACGGAGCAACGAGAAGCUCUGUGAAUUCCCUAAAACCAUCUCCUAUUGUAAGACCUGCCUGAACAUGCGAGGUACAACACUGGGCCUGCAACUAAAUGGCCAAGUCAACCUCAGUAUGGGCAAUGCCUACCUUGGCCUCAGUGUCUUCCAAAAAGCUUUGGAGUGUUUUGAGAAAGCUCUGCGAUACGCACACAACAAUGAUGACAAGAUGCUUGAAUGUCGUGUCUGUUGCAGUCUAGGAAAUUUCUACACUCACCUCAAGGACUAUGAAAAAGCUCUGUUUUUCCCAUGCAAGGCAGUAGAGCUGGUGAAUGAUUAUGGAAAGGGCUGGAGUUUAAAGUACCGAGCAAUGAGCCAGUUCUACAUGGCUGUAGCCUAUCGGAAGCUGGGGCACUUGCCAGUUGCUAUGGAAUGCUGUGAGGAGUCAAUGAAGAUUGCCCUUCAGCAUGGAGAUCGUCCUUUGCAAGCACAGUGCUUGCUCUGCUUUGCUGAUAUCCACCGCAGCCGUGGAGAUGUACAGACAGCCUUUCCCCGCUAUGAUUCCGCCAUGAGCAUCAUGACUGAGAUUGGAAACCGUCUGGGACAAGUUCAAGCGCUGCUUGGUGUGGCCAAGUGCUGGCUGAUUCAAAAGGAACUCGACAAAGCAUUAGAAAGUAUUGAGAGGGCUCAUGAGCUGGCAGAGGGACUAGGAAACAAACUUGGCCUACUGAAGGUUCACUGCCUGUGUGAAGGGAUCUAUCGCACGAAGGGUCAGCAAAGGGAACUUCGUAAUCAUGUGGUGAAGUUCCAUGAAUGUGUUGAAGAAAUGGAACUCUACUGUGGCAUGUGUGGUGAAUCCAUUGGUGACAGAAACCACCAGCUCCAGGCAUUGCCCUGCUCCCAUGUCUUCCAUUUAAAGUGCCUGCAGACUAACGGAACACGAGGUUGCCCCAACUGCCGCCGCUCAUCAGUUAAACCAGGGUUUGUGUGAUCUGCUGAUGAAUUGGUGACUUAAGGAAAUUCAUCCGGUAGGCGUGAAAAGGCUGACCCCUGGAGCAGUUCUGUUACAUAAUAUGGAGAUGAAAUCCAUCAUGUAGACAUAAGAUCUCCUGCAGAAUUGAUGGAAAAUGUGUACCUAAAUCUUGUCAUGACAUUUCACACAUCUGAGUUGUGAACAUCUUCCAGGAGUUCUCUAUCAUCUUCUUUUUCAAAGCCAGUUACUACAAUAAGCCAACUUUGUUCCUUCCAACGACUUGUUAGCUUGGUCUUCCACAAUCUCAAUUCUAUUUUAAUUUUUAUUUCCUGCUUCUUUUGAUAGCUUCCUUCAGGGCCAGCUCUGACACUCACACCCCAUUUCUUCUUUUUAUUCAUUCCUCAUGGGAAACAAAAUGAUCCUGCCAACAUAAUGCUGUUUCUUGGACCGGCACAGCACUGCUUUCUUGUAGGCAUGGUGACAGCUACCCUUUUCCAGACAUUGCUUGAAGUUACUUCAACUUAACCUUCUGAUUGAUAUCCUUCAUAAUUUAUAUUGGUACCUAACAGCUGUUUAUUAAAACAGCUACUAAGCCAUUCAUAAUAUGUCUUUCCAUUUGCAAAGAACAUUUCCCAACAUGAUGCUCUCCAAAUAAGUUCCAGAAUUUCCAGGUAACAUGGGAAUUCUGGGAGUCCAAAUUGUCCAGAAGGAGCCAGAUUGGGGAAGCUAAUAUGUCAGAUUCAAGAGACUGUGAUGUCCCACCUGCCUCUCAGCAAUGUGCCUCUGUCUGUAUGUCUCUCUUUUCAGUGUACAGAUGUAUCCUUGGGGUUCUUCUGAAAACGUCUGAUAUAUUUGGUUGGCUUAUGGUCUCACAGAGCACUCAAUUUCUGCGUGGGACUGGGGAAAAAAUGCUUUAUACAGUCCCAGAGAAUGUUUCUUGCAUUGUAUUCUUUUGCCAUUGUCUUGUAAUGUUAUAUAGGCAGUGAUCGGUCCAGUCAUGGAAUUGUCAGCAAUAUAUUUAUACUUUCUAUAAACUGUUUAUACUGGAAUAAAUAAAGUCAUA